AUGGUUCUCCCCACCCGCAAGUCGGCUGAUCGCCGCAGCCGCAAAGACAUCAAGAAGCACCGCCCGGAGAUCAUCGUUUUGGACCUNCCCACCCGCAAGUCGGCUGAUCGCCGCAGCCGCAAAGACAUCAAGAAGCACCGCCCGGAGAUCAUCGUUUUGGACCUCAAGGAUCACGUGCUCGGUCGCGCUGCCGCCAUCGUGGCGAAGCAGCUGCUGCUCGGCAAGAAGAUCACCGCGGUGCGUUGCGAGCAGCUGACGAUAGCAGGGACGGAGAUCCGCAACAAGAUCAAGUACCUGCAGUUCCUGCGCAAGCGCAAGCUGUCGAACCCGAAGCUCGGCCCCUUCCACCACCGCAGCCCCUCCGAUGUGUUCGUCCGCACGGUGCGCUCGAUGCUGCCGCGCUACACGAAGCGCGGGCAGCGGGCGCUGCGGCAGCUCGUCGCCUACGAGGGCGUCCCCACCAACAUGGUGCGCACCGGCGGCCGCGUUGUGAUCCCCAAGGCGCAGCGCCACUACUGCUACCGCAGCGAGCGCCCCUACACGGUGUUGGGCAACAUGUGCAAGCAUGUGGGCUGGAAGUACAGCGACGUCGUAAAGAAGCUUGAGACGGCCCGCGUGGAGAAGGCCACCCGCCACCACAAGAAGACAGAGAAGGUGCGCUCCGCCUGGAAGUCUGCACGCAAGGCGGCUCUGGCGAAGAUGCCCAAGAAGAACGUGGAGGUGUUGAAGAAGUUCGGCUACGCGUAG